AUGCAGCUCCAUAUCACCACAGCCUUCUCUGUCCUCAUCAACCCGGCGUUUUACAUGGCGGAGUUUGUGAAUCUUGGCAUGCACAGACAGCGCAAGUCGACUGAUGUCGAGAACGGACUCGAGUACGCUGAGUCCACGACCCCAGCGGAUGAGAUCAUGAAACAGGCGAACGUCGUGGCCGACCACAAGUGUCAUUGCACAUGUCACGGUGAGACUGACGCCGAGACGACCGAGUACCGCGGCGCCAACGCCAUCAAGUACAUCGUACUGCGCACCUGCAUCACCGUGAUCCUCGUUGUGUUGUCCAUCCUGUUUAAGGACCACUUCUCCGAUUUUGCUGAUUUCGUGGGCUCGUCGUCGUUGACCAUGAGCUGCAUUCUGCUGCCGGUGGCUUUCUACCUGAUCAAGGCUUGGAACAACAUUCCCAAGGUGGAGAAGAUUGCUGCCAUUGUCGUAUUUGUGGUUUGCCUCGUUUUCGGACUACUCGACGUACACGGCUGGCAGGAACCUCUUGAGUACCAGAACACCGUAUUUUACAACUCUACGGCUGAGCACGAGACUUGA